GCCAGUAGUAAAAAGAAACCCACGUGGAUAGUGGAUAAGCUGAAAGAGAGAUAGAGAGAGGGAAAAAAGAGAGCGAAGAACUUGAAGAAGCAAAGAACGAAGAACAACGACAAAAAAGAGCUUCUCCUUCUGCUGCUUGUUCUUCCUUCAAUAUAAAAGCCCCUUAAACCCUUCCUUUCAUCGAUUCAAUUCCCUCUCUUCCACUACGCUACAUCCUCCCCCCUCGCAUUUCUCCUCCUUCAGAUUCCGCAUGAAAAUCCGCAAGAGUUUAUCUUCAAUCUGACCUAUUCCAACAAAGGAAUGUAUAGAAACAACAAUGUGGCUGAUAGGAUCUUUCAUCGCCAAAUCGCUACUCCUCCUCCUGGAACCACUUCUCAUUGCGUUAGGCGAUUCUACGAGAACAUAGUUCCGAAUCAUACUGUUUACGACGUUGAAUGUCCGGACCAUUCCUUUCGCAAGUUCACGGUUGACGGUCGAUACCUAAUUACAUUCAGCAGGAAUCAUCGCGAUUUGAUUGUUUACCGUCCGAAAUGGCUUUCGUUUUCUUACAAAGGAGAUGAAAUCGAUACGUUUCAGGAACUUCCUUCCACUGCUCAGAAGUUUGAGAGUUUCUUCAACUUGAUUUAUUCCGUCUCCCUUGCCUCCUGCAACGAGCUUAUAUGCAAGGAUUUCUUUCUUUACAUGGAGAGUAACCGAUUUGGUCUUUUUGCUACUUCUACGUCUCAAAUCCAAGACGCUUCGGCCGUCGGUGGUGCUGUUCCGGGAGUUCCUUCUAUAGAGAAAAUUACGUUUCACCUACUUAGAUUGGAGGAUGGAGAAAUUCUUGACGUGAAGGUGUUCGUCAAUGAUUUUGUGAAUUUGGUUCACAAUCCGGGCGUCUUCCUCUAUGAUGAUCUGUUGUCUAUUGUGUCGCUACGCUACCAGAUUGUACACAUUCUUCAAAUUAGGGAUUCCGGCCACCUUGUUGAUGUAAGAGCUAUUGGCGCUUUUUGUCGUGACGAUGAUGAACUUUUUCUCAAUUCAAGCUCUCAGGCAAGCACUGCAAAUAUCUCUUCCGAACUCCAUGUAGCUAUUCUGAAUUGUGCAUGUUUGGCUGGUUUCUGGUCUCUUUGCUCUAAUUUUAUUUCGAAGAUGAUGAACUUCUUCUCAAUUUCUAGUUAUCAGUGUGUGGGGGUACCUGAAAGAAGCAGAUUGGUUGCGGGUAAUGUUGAGAAUGGUUACCAUCAUAACCCGCCCAACACUGACAAUUCUUUUCUGAGUGGUCUCAAACAACGCUUGCUGUCGUUUAUAUUCCGCAGAAUAUGGAAUGAAGAAACAGAUCAUCGCUUGAGGGUUCAGUGUUUGACGAAGAGUUUCUACUUUCAUUUUCAAGAUUAUGUCGACUUGAUUAUUUGGAAGGUACAAUUCUUGGACCGGCAACACUUGCUGCUCAAGCUUGGGAGUGUAGAUGGAGGGGUUUCGCGGAUGGCUGAUCACCACCGGGCAUUUUUUGCUGUAUAUGACAUGGAGACCACUGUAAUUGUUGCUUUUUAUCAGAAUUCAGCAGACGACCUUUACCUUCUAUUCGAGCGUUUUUGUAAUCACUUCCAUGCAGCAUCAAGAAAUUCACUGUGCAUGAAUUUCAUAUCCUCACACUCCAACAACGUUCAUGCUCAAGAACAACUAAGAAGCUUGAAAAAUAAAGCAGUCAGCUAUUCACAGUUUGUGAAGAAGAUGCUGGUAUCUUUACCGUUCAAUUGCCAAUCACAGAGCCCAUCUCCCUACUUUGACCUAUCUCUUUUUCGGUAUGAUGAAAAGCUGAUUUCCGCAACUGACCGGCACAGACAGUCAACGGAUCAUCCUAUAAAGUUUAUUCUAAGACGACCACCUCAUUCCCUUAGAUUCAAAAUUAAAUCAGGUCCAGAAGGUGGGAUAACGGAUGGACGAACAAAAGGGAUAUCAUCUUUUCUUUUUCAUCCAUAUUUGCCACUUGCUCUCUCCAUCCAACAGACAACAUAUUUAAAUCCUUCUGUUGUCAAUAUUCACUUCCGGAGAUAAAAAAGAAAGAAACAGAAACACAAUCAAUUUUUCAACGCCAAAACUGUACAUAAAAACAAUACACAUUUUAACCCUCAGGCGCUUCCCUAGUCAUUAUUAUUUUGCGGCUUUUCCAGGUCCUUAAUUUUUGAAACUGAGUGUUGAUUAUUGAAAGUCACUUUUAUUUUCCUCGUUUGAGCAUCUUUUUGUCCCCCAAAUUAAGGCUAAUGUUAUGUAUUUAUAGACUUGUUUAGAAUAAAAACACUUAAAACAAUAGAGGGUGGUUUGGUUUUGUGUAA